AUGGACACGGCCGAGGGCGGCAAAGAUGCGCCAGCUGAAGCAGCACCAGCCGAAGAGACGGCUGGAGAGGCCAAAGCCGCUGCGGAAAUGGAAGGGCAGGACGAGGACGCCCCGGGUGACGCACCACCCGCCGAGACUGCAGAUGCAGAGGUUGAUGGCGACGAGCCGAAGGACGAGGAAGACCAAGCCAUGGAGCGCAAGGAAGAGAACGGAAUGGAGGAGGCAGUGAAGAACGAAGGCGACGGGGAGGCCGAAGCUGAGGGCGAAGAGGGCAAGGACGACGACAAGGAAGAAGAGGACGAAGGCAAUGUAGAGAAAGUUGACAAGCUCAGCAUGUCCUUGGACGACUUGAUUGAUGCCGACCGUCGCGCGACGAAGGGCGGCGGUAAAGGCCGCUGGGGCAACGGCGGACGACAGGGUAACUGGAAGUCAAGUUGGUCCAAAGACGACAACUGGAAGGACAAGAGCGACUCGCAGGAUUGGAAAAGUGCAUCCAAGACCGACGACUGGAAGGACAGCAACUGGAAGAAGAAGGACGACUGGAAGGACUCUGAUAAGUGGGGCUCCGGAUCCAAAGCUGCGGAUUGGAAGAAGGACGGAAAUGACUGGUCAAGCGAUUGGAAGAAGGGCAACGAUUCUUAUGGCAGUGGAGGUGGAAAGUCGUACAGUUGGUCCGGAUCCGGAGGCAAAACAUGGGACAAAACCUCCUCGUAUGACAAGUCCUACGACAGCAAGUCGUAUGACAAGUCUUACGACAAGUAUGACAAGUCGUACGACAAGUCCUACGACAAGUAUGACAAGUCUUAUGGCACGUCGUACGACAAGUCGUAUGACAAGUCCUACGACAAAUCCUACGACAAGGGUGGCUACGGCGGAGGGAAGUACGACAAGUACGAUGAUAAGUACGGCAAAAGCUAUGACCAGGGUGGAAAAUCCUCCUAUGGUGGAAGGGGCGAUGACGAUAGAUACGGCCGGGGUGGUGGAUAUGGGGGCAAGGACUAUGACGAUUAUGGCCGCGGAGGCGACCGUCGAGGAGACCCAGAGCCACGCGACCGAGAUCGCAGAAGGAAUGAUGAUCCGCCAGCAGAUGAUGACAGAGGCCGCGGCCCUCCUCCCAGGGGCUGCACUAUCGUAGUGUCGAACUUGCAGGGCCUUCGGAUCAACCGGCGGGAUCUCGAAGCGGCGUUUAAUCCUGUCGGCCGGGUCAUGAGUGCCUCGGUGGGUGGCGAUGUGGCCACCAUCACCUUUAGAGAGCCGCGACAUGCGUCGGACGCAGUGCGCCGCUUUCACGGCGGCCAGUUGAAUGACCGGACCAUCGAUGUUUACCUCGAGGGCGAGGAACCUCCUAGGAGACGGACUUCGGGUGAUGCCCGAGGAGCCCCUCCGCCCGCCUCAGGUGCCAGUCGGAGAAGUAGAAGCCCCAGGCCAACUGGUGGAGGAGGAUACAGAGAUGCCCCUCCGCGUAGUGGAGCGCUGCUGCCGCGAUUUGUUUCUGCCUUCGCCGCGCAUGUUUCCAUCUUGUGA